AUGGGUCUGACGUACAACAUCUACCUCAGUGGAGGCCGCAUCUAUGGGUGUAGGACCUGCAAAACGCACCUCUCCAACCACGACGAUAUCCUCAGUAGGAACUUCCGCGGCCAGCAUGGCAAGGCAUACCUCUUCGAUCAAGUGGUCAACAUCACCGAAUCGGACCCAAACGAGCGCAACAUGACGACCGGGCGCCACGUCGUACGCGAUAUACACUGUCGACAAUGCAAAGAGACUGUGGGCUGGAAGUAUGAUAAGGCGUACGAAUCCAGCGAGAAGUACAAGGAGGGCAAGUUCAUUCUCGAGGCGGAGCUUUUGUGUACGGUAUCUUGA